AUGAUCAAAUCCCAGAAAAAGGAGGAAGUGAAGGAAAAGAAGAAGCAGAAAAAUGUUGCCUUCUCUGGUACGCUAGGAGCAUCUAGCUCUGGCAUUCCCAAGGAGGACACCACAAAUAAGCACAUGAAGAAGGCCAAAAAGAGUAAGAACCCUAAACAAGUGAAGACCGUUGGCGUGUCCGAAGAGGACACUGUUAAAAAUAAUGAACAGAAAGACAAAAGUAUUGUUGGAGAAAGUUAUGAUGAGGAUAGAAGAACAUUGAAGGAGUUGUUAACCCAAGUUGAUAAUGACAAGAAGGAGAUGAUGGUUGAUGCACCUGAAAGGAAGAAAAAAUGUAGUUUGAUAAGGAGCAAGAGGAAGAAAAAGGAGGAGGAAAAGAUUGAUGUCAAGGCUAGUAGUGAGAAAGAUGGCCAGGAGGAGGCUGGAAAUGGCUUGAGUGAUGAACAGGAAAAUGAAGUAAUUGUUGAGGAAGAGGGAAAAAAUGAUGUGGAAAAGAUAGAUUUGGCUACAAACUCAUAUAAACCUGAGUCUGUAGUAGAAUAUGAGAAAAAGAUGAGCAUUGAAGUGGCACAUGUUGUCACUCCUAAGAAGGUGAAGAAGCCAGUGAAUUCCAUCAUGUCUGCACCAACAAAAGCUGCCCAGAAGAAGAAGUCCCCUGCUAAGACCAAGCCUCCAGCUAAGCUUAAAUCUCCAUCUAAGAAAGCUUCAUCCAAGCCAUUGACUUCAAAGAAAGAACCCAUACAUGAGCCUUCCCAGAAGGAGGCUAUGAAAAAGAAGAAGGGAAACCAUGUUUUGAGGAAGAGCAACAUGCUUAAUACCUAG